AAGAAUGAUGGCAGUGACAAGGAGAAAAUCCCAGACCUGAAACCGCAGAGGAACCUACCUGUCUAGACAAUGAACAGCUGUCUGUGGCUCCAACACGCUGCAAAAAGCUGCCAUUUCUUACUCUGACACUGACACAGUCACCUCGUUCCUCCUUCACCUUGGAAAUAAAAUGGCACUUUUAAUGUAUUUUGCUAUCGGGAUUACGCUUAUCUCCCCCAGCAAUCAACAAGACUGUUCCAUUAAAGACACUUCCUGUAGUGAAAUUAAAACGGCUGACGGAUUCAGAUUUACACACGGGAUUUCUGGGGGAAGUACAAUCACUGCAGUUCGUCAUCAGACUGUGAUUGCCCAUGGUACACUUAGUCCACCAUCUAUUGAGAAAACCCCAGAGGUGAGGAGCAUGGACAACUCUUCUAUAGUUACGGCGACCUGUGAUGAUCUAAGAGUACAAGUCACACAUCGUAAUGGUCAGUACAUAAGUGAGAGCUGUGUGGAUUUCAGAGUUGUUGACAAGGUGACGCCUUCUGAUCUUGAGGGGGAAGUGACACCACAGCUGGGCAACAUCGAGUGCUCCAUUAGAAACACUUCCUGUUCUCAAAUUGAAACUGCUGGAGGAUUCAACUUCUCAUAUGGGAUUUCUGGGGGAAGUACAGUCACUGCGAUUCAUAAUGAGACUGUGAUUGGCCACGGUCGGUUUAGUCCAGCAUCUUUUGACUAUACCUCAGAUGUGAGGAGUAUGGACAACGCUUCUAUAUUUACGACGGCCUGUGAAGAUCUGACAGUAAAAGUCACACAUCAUGAUGGACAGCACAUAAGAGAGAGCUGCGUGAAAUUCAGAGUUACUGACAAGGUGACGCCUUCAGAUCCUGAGGAUACACCACAUUUGGGCUACAUCAUUGGUGGACCUGCAGUUGGUGCAUUUGUUCUCAGUGUGGGUUUCUAUUACAUCUUUUGGAAACGAAAACAGAAGAAGAAGAAUCGUGUUACCACAUUUGCUGCGUACAUGAGAUGGUUGAUGAGCUGUUCCUUAAUCAAAAAGAGUGAACAGACACCUGAAGGUGUGGAGGAAGGCGAAGAUGGUGACUUUGCAUCUCAACCAGAUGCCAGCAGUGAUGAACUUGAAAAUGGUGGAAAUGAUAAUCCGCCUGGCAUUCCACAUGAAAGCAUACCAAUUCCCAUUAUCGAUCCAGAGGCUGGUGGCGGGACAGCUCUUAUGCCUAGUCUGAACCACAACUCCAGCGACGGGGGAAUCCAGCCGUCUACAAAUGGAUGUAUUAGUCACUCUGUCGUCGCCUCCAGCUCUGAUGAUCAAACUGUGAACCAACAUGUGAAGGAUGAUCCAGGUGGCCUGGAUGACAGUGAGGGGAAAUGCAAGAAAAUGCACAGUGGAAGGACUGUUGGUGGUCAAAGGCCUGAAGGUCACGAGAAUGAAGAUGAACCACUGCUAUUAAAGCCAAGCUGUCAGGAAGAACUUUAUGAACCCCUUCCCCCGCUCCCCCACUGCAGGUUUGAAGGACCUAAUAUCCAAGUUUCUGACAUGACAGGCGGUGAAGCCGUGGUGUGGUGGACACGCAACGGCUUUGACCCGGCCUCGGCCAGCCGGUGCUCUACUGCACCCCAGGACAUGGACAUGGACUCAUCCAACAUCCAACAUGAAACGGAAUUAGUUAAUUUACAAGAUACUUGAUUUAUUACUAUGUAUAAAUAUUAUAUGUUAUACUAUAUAUUAUAAAUAUUAAGAUUUAUUAUUAUAACAUAAGACACACUUCUUACAGGUACAUUUUCUGGCAGUGUAGUGGUAUUAACAUCAGCCCUUUUAUACUGAAUAUGCUCAUACUGUGCUUCCUGUUGAGCAUCACAGUAUCUUUAAAUCUAAUAAAAGCAUCCUUAUUUUAAAAUGGAAAAAGUAGACAACACAGGUUUAAAUGGACUGUGUUGUUUUCAGCCUAUACUGUACAUUCAUCUGUAAUCAUUUCAGUAGAAUCAGCUAUUGUACUAGUAUGGGUCAUAAAUUUAACACUAUGUAAUUUUCUUAAUGGGAUGUUCUUUCCAUCAAGAAUAAUAAGUGCUUGACAUUUACCACCUCUGGGUGAACCAGCCUGUCAGAAAAUGUACCAUGUGUAACUGUGAGAAGGUAUAAUGCAAAAUAAAAUAUUAUUAUGAGCUAUAUUCGGGGAAACUGGCAUGGGGAGCUGUAACACUUCCAUCAGUGUGUGUGUGAUAUGAAAAGGAAUCAUAUGUUAACGUCAGUGUUUAUCCACUUCCUCCCUCAUCCCACAUGAUGAACAUCAAGGCUAUAAACUGAAAAAAAAAAAAAAAAAAAUCCAUUUGGAGUAAUAAUUCUACCAACACUACAUUUUGUUUAGUGCAUAAACAAUUGUCAAUAAAA